AAUCCAUAAAGCAUGUUUAUCUUGAAGUGCUGGUGAUAUCUACACUCUUUCCAUCGAUUCUUGCACCACCGCCAUGGACAAGCUGAAGGCGAAGACGCGGUCGGCGCGCAACAGGCUCGCUGAGGCGACAUCGUCGGGCACUGGCACCGGCGCGCUCCAUGUUCCUCAACAAGGUCUCGCACCGCACGACAAUUCGAGCAUGCAGGCUGUCAAUGAAGGCUUCCUAGGUACACAGGCGGGCCCGGCUGCGCGCGACUUUGCUGUGCAAGAUAAUCCGCCAGUACGCCAACCUGUCGUCGAACCGCCCACCUCGUUACAGUCAUCUAUCGACGCUGGCGCACAUGUGCCCAGGCCAUCCAGAUAUGGCGAUCCUUCGUCGCUCGUCAAUCAUAGCACUCUUGCCGCGACGGCACGACGAGCAAGAAGCAACUCGGCCCCAAACAGCCCAUCACCCCAGCAACAGCAACGUCGACCGACCGUUGGCGGACGACAAGCCAGUAUUGGUAUACGACGGAUGCCUGCGUCGAAUGCGCUGCGACAAGUAGCUCAUCAGCCGAAUGUCUCAACAUCCAGAUUGAACGCGCCAUUGCCAGCCUUGAACGAGGACUGUGUGCUUGGACAGGUGCCUUCCAACGGGAGCGAAUCGACUCUCACAGAGCCAGAGCCAGCACAAAGUCGAUUAAGGAAAGUCAAGAGUGCAGUGCAGACAAGAAUACCGUUCUGGGGCAAGAAGGAGCACGAGAGUAAACCUCGCCCAGACAGUGCAGCUGCGUACCACGACGACAUAUCGAUGAACUACACGUCAGACAUGGUGGAUGUCUUGGAUACCAUUGAUCCUGAAGUCGCCACACUCACGUCCCUCACAAAUAUGCAGAACUCGCUCUUCAUCCCCAACCUCCCCUUCCUCAACCGUCGACCCACCUACAACCUACGCCGCCGCCGCAGCGAAGAUGAGAUCAUUGAGGAUAUCAGUCGAGUUCUAGGGCCAGCGUACGCAGCUCAGGUGGAGGAGCAAGCUGGUCCGAGGCUACAACGGAGCCAGACUGAGAGCACCAUGGCCACUAUUGCUACCAUUGACUCGCACUUGAGCGAAUCCCGUUAUGCUGUUCUUCCCCAUGGCGCCUCCCUAGACGGAUGGAGCAAAGAUGACAAGAAAGAGGUGAACGACCACGUGCGGCAUAUGCUGCACUCAAAGCGAUCCAAGUUCAAGCGCACAAUGAGAGGAUUUGGACAGUAUGUCAGGAGACCUUUGGGCUUCCUCGUCACGCUUUACGCCACCCUUAUCACGUUGUUCGGUCUCGCAUGGGUGCUGUUCCUGAUCGGGUGGAUCAAUGUCGGCGGAAAGCAGAUCUACGUCGUCCACAUCAUCGACAGCGUCCUGGUUGCCCUUUUCGCUGUAGUUGGUGAUGGGUUGGCCCCUUUCCGAGCCAUCGAUACCUACCACAUGAUUUACAUUGCUCAUUACCACCAUUUCACCUGGUCUCGGCGGAAGAAGGAAAUGCUACCAGACCUACAGGAUCACAACGAUCUUCCUGCAGUAAAUGCGCCAAUCGCUGCACCGCAAGUAGUGGAUCCUGCGGACCCGGAGAAUCAGUGGGAGUUCACAGUAUUGACCCCUAAACAACAGGAAAAGCUCGAGCACCAUCAAGACAAGUUCUGCAAGUCGCACUCCUUUUAUAAGCCGCACGAGACUGAGACGCACCACGCCUUCCCGCUCCGUCUCCUCAUUGCUAUCGUCGUUCUGCUUGACUGCCACUCUCUUCUACAAAUCUCACUCGGCGCCACCACAUGGGGUAUAUACUACAAGCACAGGCCAAUGGCGAUCACGACAGUUAUUCUUAUCUGUUCUAUCACAUGUAAUGCCACAGCCGGGCUGCUUAUUUGGCUCGGUGAUAAACGCACGAGGAAGAAUGACGUAGUGGAACGCAUGAACCGUCAGGAAUUGACCGAGGAAGCGAUCGAACAGGUUAAGAAGAAGAAGGAGAAGGAGAGCGAAAGUGAGAGAGAGGACGAUGGGGACAAGAGGGAGAAGAGGAGAAUCAGUCUGGAUGUGGUGAGGGCCAAAUUUGUCCCUGGAAAACUAGGAGAGAAGCAGGAGACGAGUGCUUAUCCUUGAGACAGUUGAGGGCGUGGGACGUUUGGGAUAUGUCAUGAUUUGUCUUUUCUUUUGGUUUGAAGCGUUCUAGCGAAUAUACCUACCUAACUAUGUAGUACGAGAUAAUAUGGACCGGGCACUAGCGACGAAACUGGUUUACCUCACGUCAAACCUCAUGUGAAGUUAAAACCGCUCCUUCCCGAUUAGUUCGUCUCUUCACCACUAUUUAACUUCACCACCGAAGCGUUAAACGCAAUGCAACUACACAUCGAUUCCACCUAUCGCCUUGAACUCCAGCUGCUCGAUCGGAGCCAUGUCUAACCCGUC